CCGCUCUCGUCUCAGCCGCGUCCCGGGCCGCCGCUGGUGACCACUCGCCGCGCCGCCGGAGGCUUCACCCGCGUCCUCCCUCAGGACGCGCCCGCGGAGCUCGGGCGCCUUCGCCCCGGACCCGGAGGCCGCGCUGCGCGGGGCGGCGGCGAGGCCGGAAGAUGGCCUGGGUGCUCAGUAUGGACGAGGUGAUCGAGUCCGGGCUGGUGCACGACUUCGACUCCAGCCUGUCCGGCAUCGGGCAGGAGCUGGGCGCCGGCGCCUACAGCAUGAGUGAUGUAUUGGCAUUGCCCAUUUUCAAGCAAGAAGAUUCCAGCCUUUCCUUGGACGAUGAGGCCAAGCACCCCCCCUUUCAAUAUGUAAUGUGUGCUGCGACUUCACCAGCUGUGAAACUGCAUGAUGAGACACUCACGUACUUGAACCAAGGCCAGUCUUAUGAAAUUCGGAUGCUGGAUAAUCGCAAAAUGGGAGAUAUGCCUGAGAUCAGUGGAAAGUUGGUAAAGAGCAUCAUAAGGGUGGUGUUCCAUGACAGGCGGCUACAGUACACAGAGCACCAGCAGCUUGAAGGCUGGAAGUGGAAUCGCCCAGGAGACAGACUUCUCGAUUUAGAUAUUCCAAUGUCUGUGGGAAUAAUUGACACAAGAACAAAUCCAAGCCAGUUAAAUGCAGUUGAAUUUCUGUGGGACCCUGCAAAGCGCACAUCUGCCUUCAUUCAGGUGCACUGCAUCAGCACAGAAUUCACUCCACGGAAGCAUGGAGGUGAAAAAGGAGUGCCUUUUAGGAUCCAAGUUGACACCUUUAAGCAGAAUGAAAAUGGGGAGUACACAGAUCAUCUUCACUCAGCUAGCUGCCAAAUCAAAGUUUUUAAGCCUAAAGGUGCGGAUAGGAAACAAAAAAAUGACCGAGAAAAGAUGGAGAAGAGAACAGCUCAUGAAAAAGAAAAGUAUCAGCCAUCUUACGACACCACCAUCCUCACAGAGAUGAGGCUUGAGCCUAUAAUUGAAGAUGCAGUUGAACAUGAGCAGAAAAAGUCCAGCAAGCGGACUUUGCCAGCAGACUACGGUGAUUCUCUGGCAAAGCGAGGCAGUUGUUCUCCAUGGCCUGACACCCCUACAGCCUAUGUGAAUAACAGCCCUUCCCCAGCACCCACUUUCACCGCCACACAACAGAGCACGUGCAGUGUCCCAGACAGCAAUUCUUCAUCCCCAAAUCACCAGGGAGAUGGAGUUGCACAGGCGCCUGGGGAACAAAUUCAGCCUUCAGCUACAACCCAGGAAACACAGCAGUGGCUGCUCAAAAAUAGGUUUUCUUCUUACACAAGACUGUUCUCUAAUUUUUCAGGUGCCGACUUAUUAAAGCUGACAAAGGAGGAUUUAGUUCAGAUUUGUGGUGCAGCCGAUGGAAUUCGGCUCUAUAAUGCCCUGAAGUCAAGGGCAGGCACUGAUGAGGGCAGAGGUAGACUAAGACUGGUAGCAAUGCACAUGGGCAGGACUGAUUUCUUGAAGACGACUGGGUUUGUUGCCAAGAAAACAAAACUUCUAAUUUAGGUGAGCUCUACAGAAUCUAUGGUUUUCAAGGUCAUGAUUAUUGUUAAGCAGUUAUUAAAUGUGAACUUGUAAUGUCAGUUAGAAUGCAAGAAUUGUGACUGUGCUGGCUUUGAGACCCACUGCCUGCCAUUGCUGUCUCUAGACUUGUGUGCUAAGAGUUUAGUGAGCUCGAGCCUUACUGAUUGCAAAUUGCUUAAUCAAUCUUGAAACUUAAAUUUACCAGCAUCUGACAGACCAUCUCAAUGGUUUAGAGUCUGGACCUGUGAUAGUUGGUGUGAGGUGUGUGGUUUUUAUAUUUUUAUUAGAAAAUUAUUUUGCAUAAUGAAAUAACACUGUAAAGUUCUCAUAAGGAAAAAUAGACUGUAGAUUCCUGUAGUUGUUGAUUGUACAUGUGCUGAGGCAGCUUGCUCUUGUAG